AUGGCAAGUUUAUCGAAAUCCGAUAUUGAAAAAUUGAUAAGAAAUCGAGAUCCAUCUAUUUCAUAUGCCAAACCAAAAAAACCGUUCAGUGAACAUUGGAACAAUUAUUCUCAAGUAUUUGUUAAUGGUAUUCCCCCACAUUAUAUAUUUUGUUCAAAUUGUGAAAACUUACUUGCAUGGAAAACUGGAGAUGGAUCAACUAAUUUAAAAAAACAUUCACAAUAUUGUCGUGAUAAAUUUCCAGGCAAUCAACAGUUACUAACAAAGUUUAUGUCAAGUAACAAUGGAAAUAAUGAACGUUUGAUUCGAAUGAUUAAAAAAGAUUUAAUAACAGCAGCUGCUGAGUUUUGUGCUAUUGAUAAUCGACCAUUUUCUUUAAUUCAAGGUAAUGGUUUUCAACAUUUAGCUAAUGCAAUGUAUGGUGCUGGUCGUGCAUUGUCUGCAUUUACUCCGAUUGAAUCACUUUUACCCGAUCGAACAACAAUCAGUCGUGAAACUGAUAAAAUUUUUUUUGAAGAUCGUGCAAAAUUAAUUAAUUUAAUUCAAUCGGUAAAACAGUAUUGUAUUACAAUUAAUUUUUUGACAGAGCCAUAUACAAAAAUUGGUUAUGGUGGUUUAUCAAUUCAUUAUUUUGACGAUAAAUUUGGUUUAAAUGUAUUUAUUUUAUGCUGCAAGGCAUAUAAAUUACCAAAUCAACAAGCCAAUAAUGUCCGUCUUUUUACAGAAAAUAUUCUGCGAUCAUUUAGUUUGGAACUCGACAAGAAUACUUCUAUUGUAUGUGACAAUGAAAAUAAAAUGCGUGCUGCAUUUCGUCAUGGUGCUGUUCGUGUUGGUUGUUCAGCUCAUUUUUAA